GGAGGCCAAACUUGUGGCCUUAAACGGCUUCCAUUUUGGACAAAGACAAGUCCUUUCUCUCUCUCUCUUUCUUUUUCUUUCAGAAGCGUGCAACUAAGUUCAGUGCACACACAUCUUCAGCUUCGGAUGAGAACGAGGGAUUAUCUACCUAUGUUCAAUAUUUGUUCUUUUGGUGUUUUGAGUUAGGAGCUACUUUUUCUUUUUCUUUCGCCAAUGAAAUUCAAGUAUUGAGGUUUCAGAGAUGGUUAAAGUCCAAUCUUGAGUUGAUGAUCUUCUAGGGAAACUUCUUGGGGUCUUCCAUUGAAAUGGCUACUUGGGCUUCUGGGCUGUAAGGUUCCUAGAAAAGACAAUUUGGUGGUUUGGCUCUCCCAAUGAUCGAUGAUGGAUCAGGGAGAUGAUCCAUCCAUGGAGAAGAAGAGAACACCUGCAUGCAUUUUCUUUAAAGAUUUCAGACUUGUCCUUAAACUGGAUGAACUUGGGGUAGAAAUAGCACGUAUUGCAUUGCCUGCGGCGCUGGCUUUGACAGCAGACCCUAUUGCCUCUCUGGUGGACACAGCAUUUAUCGGCCGAAUAGGUCCAGUAGAGCUAGCUGCUGUUGGAGUUUCUAUUGCUCUAUUCAAUCAAGUAUCAAGAAUUGCAAUAUUCCCACUUGUCAGUGUCACAACAUCUUUUGUUGCUGAAGAAGAUACAAUUGGAAAAGUGAGUCCUGAAGUACAAGAGAAUGAAGCCUUGGAGAUAGGUUCAGCUGUAAACAAUGAAAGUAAAGAGUUGAUACCACAAAGUGAAAAAUCACUUAUUAGCAGCUUUGAUAUUGUUAAGAUUGAGAAUGAAAGAAGGCAUAUCCCCUCAGCCUCAUCUGCAGUAGUUAUUGGCGCCAUCCUUGGCUUCAUCCAAGCUAUAUUCCUCAUAUCUAGAGCAAAACCAUUGUUGAACUUCAUGGGAGUUGGUCCUGAUUCACCCAUGCUAAGUCCUGCACAGCAAUAUUUGACAUUGAGGUCACUUGGCGCCCCUGCAGUUCUCCUUUCCUUGGCCAUGCAAGGGGUCUUCCGUGGAUUUAAAGAUACAAAGACUCCUUUAUAUGCCACUUUGGCUGGAGAUGUAACAAAUAUAAUUUUAGACCCCCUACUCAUGUUUGUUUUCCGUCUGGGAGUUAGUGGUGCAGCCAUUGCCCAUGUUAUAUCCCAAUAUCUGAUUUCAAUUAUACUCCUGUGGAGACUAAUGGAACAAGUUGAUCUCGUACCUCCUAGUGUCAGACAUCUGCAAUUUGGUAAAUUUCUUAAAAAUGGUUUUCUAUUACUAAUGAGGGUCAUAGCUGUCACAUUCUGUGUUACUCUUUCUGCAUCAUUAGCUGCACGACAAGGAUCAACAUCCAUGGCUGCAUUUCAGGUCUGCUUGCAAGUUUGGCUGACCACAUCUCUUCUCGCUGAUGGAUUGGCUGUUGCUGGCCAGGCAAUACUUGCAAGUGCCUUUGCCAAAAGGGACUAUGACAAGGUGACGGCCACUGCAUCUCGAAUAUUGCAGUUGGGAUUGCUUCUAGGAUUGUCGCUGGCUGUCAUACUUGGACUAGGAUUGAGUUUUGGAGCAAGAUUAUUCACAAGUGAUGUCAAUGUUCUUCACAUGAUUAGUAUAGGCAUCCCGUUUGUUGCAGGUACUCAACCCCUCAACGCCUUGGCAUUUGUAUUUGACGGUGUCAACUUUGGAGCUUCUGAUUUUGCGUACUCUGCCUACUCCAUGGUACUGGUGGCCAUUGUUAGCAUCCAAUGUUUAGUUUUUCUCUCCUCCAGUUAUAAUUUCAUUGGCAUCUGGGUUGCUCUGACCAUAUAUAUGACUCUUCGUGCAUCCGCAGGCUUUUGGAGGAUAGGGACUAGAACAGGACCCUGGAAGUUUCUCGGGAGCUCUUAAUCGCUUGUUUAUUGUUUCAGCCAUUUUUUUCUUCUCAUGGAUAGCAUGCCUCUGGUUGUAUAAGUAUACCUUUCUUUCUUCUGUUGUAUUCUUUUUAAGUUCAAAUAUCAUGAAUAUUAUUGUUCCUUCCUA